GUUACUGAAAGGAUUAACUUCAAUGAAAUCCCAAAGAUUUGACAAAAAUAGAGGGCCGUGCAGGCAACUUGACUAUGUUGAUAAAUUCGUUGGAAGAUUCAGAUCCAAGACCUCGUUGCGAAUGUGGCGCCAACAGAAGUUCCAUUAAGGCGAGAGUAGUUGGUGGACAUAAUGCUGUUAAAGGAACAUUUCCUUAUGCAAUUGGUUUACUGGAUGCUGAAGUAGAGGCCGAGCAAUCCAGAAUAAUGCGUUCUCAGCCUUUUUGCGGAGCUACUCUUGUAUCUGAUCGGCAUGUAUUGACUGCUGCACAUUGCGUCAAAGAACGAUCUGCGGAACAUAUUGCUGUAGACAUAGGUGAUUAUAAUCUGCAGGAGGUCAGACAAGACAACUUCCACACAGUUCGCAAUAUCACCAAAUAUCCAGAUUAUAUACCUGGUAAAUUUCACAGUGACAUUGCUGUCAUCGAAUUCGAAGAACCCGUUGACUGGUCUUCCGGAGUUCGAGCUGCCUGGCUGCCGUCCUCAUCUCUGGAAUUGGAACCCGGGACCACUGUAGCUGUCUAUGGUUGGGGACGUCUGACCUACGGAGGUCGUCAUCCUGAUAUUCUACAAACUGUUGAUCUGCCUGUCGUCAACAGCACGGAAUGCCAGACGGAAUUUGUGACUGUCAUCGAGCCAAGUAUGCUUUGUGCAGGAGGUGAAAGUGGUAAAGAUGCCUGUGUUGGAGAUUCUGGUAGUGGGCUUGUCGUGCGUUUGGACAACGAGUAUGUGUUGUGUGGCCUCGUUUCUUUUGGACGUCGCUGUGCAUUACCCCAUGUUCCAGGAGUAUAUACCCGGGUAUCCAGCUUCAUAGAUUGGAUUUAUAAUCAGACACUUUCAUCCGACUGCAAACCAUGCAUUUAUACCGAGGGAGAAGAAAGUUAUAGAGAAGUCUUAAAAAUAUAGCAAGAAUAAAAUAUGUAAAUAUAUUACAGUAAUGUGUGUAAAUUAAAAAUAUUGGCUUUUCAUCUACGAUUAAAAAUUUUUCCCGAUGACUGAA